CUCCCUCGCCGUCUUCGAGGGAGAACUCACCUCAGAGGACCGCCUGAUUGGCAGCUGGGCGGUGUUGGAGUCCCCGCCUCGAGGUGGGGCGGAGCAGCCUAGCCCAGCCGCGCCGACUUGAUCUCACAGCCUGCGGCAAACAACAUGAGCAAGACGCACUGCGUUGUAAUCCAGGGACCGGGGCCAUGGGGCUUUCGCCUGGUGGGGGGCAAAGACUUCGACCAGCCGCUCACCAUUUCCAGGGUUACCCCUGGCAGCAAAGCUGCAACUGCCAAUUUAUGCACUGGAGAUGUUAUCAUGGCAAUUGAUGGGGAGAAUACAGAGAACAUGACUCACCUAGAAGCACAGAACAAAAUCAAAGGCUGCAUAGAUGAAAUAAUUCUGACGGUGGGCAGAACUGAAUCAAAAAUUUGGUCACCACUGAUUACUGAGGAAGGGAAAACCAAUCGAUACAAGAUGAACCUGGCUUCCCAGCCACAGCAGCUGCCCGUGCAAUUUCAGCGUGCGUGCAGUAUGACAUAUCAGCCCUUAAAAUUGUCUUCCCACUCACUCAGUCCUUUAUCACCUACUGGUGGAUUCAAGGCUCCCUUUGCAUCGGUCUAUAACCCUCUUCAGCCAGCUUCCUCCUCGCCUUUGCAAAGGAGGCACAGUACAUCAUCCAUCCCAAACCAAGUGAGAGUGGGCCUAGAACAGCUCAAGGAAGUUGCUCAGAUCUGCCCCAGCAGCCCUGUGGAAGUGGAGGUGCCUGGACUCAAAGUGCGGCACAUACAGUUUAACUCUCCUUUACAGCUCUAUUCACAGAAAAACAUCCUGGACUCUUUGCAGGGGCAGAUCUCUUGCAUUAGCCCCACUUUCCCCAGCUUGGAUCAACUUAACCAGCCCUCCAGUAACUUAGUAAUUAACAGGGACUCUGAAGUUUACAAGAUGUUGCAAGAGAACCAAGAUUCAAAUGAGCCACCCCGGCAAUCCACCUCAUUCCUGAUGCUCCAAGAAAUUUUAGAAUCUGAAGAAAAAGGAGAUCCCAGUAAGACUUCUGGAUUUAGAAGUGUAAAAGCACCAACAACCAAAAUAGCAGCAUCAAUUGGAAAUUCCCAGAAGCUUCCUGUUUGUGAAAAGUGUGGAUCUGGCAUUGUGGGUGCAUUUCUGAAGCUCCGGGACAAGCACCUCCACCCAGAGUGCUACGUAUGCAGUGACUGUGGAAUCAACCUCAAGCAAAAAGGGCACUUCUUUGUGGAGGACUGCAUCUACUGUGAGAAGCAUGCUCGGGAACGGGCCACCCCACCUGAAGGAUAUGAAGUGAUCACUGUGUUUCCAAAAUGAAUGGUUUAGUGCUGAUGUUCUGCAAGGAGCCACUGUCUUCUGCCUCUGAAUUCUCCUUGCAGUAAUGGAGGCUCAGCAAUGCUUUGGCAGUGGACCUUUUUAUACCACUAGUAGUGAACACCCGCAAUUUUUAUACAGAAAUCUGUGCAUUCAGAGGGAAUGCCCCUCCUUUUGAUAAUACAACUCUUCUUCCUGCCUCUCUCCUCAAAAUGAAUUGCAAACCAAAAUCAGACACCAAAGCCAAACUGCAAUGUCUAUCUUGUUUCUACUCAAUAAAAUGGUUGCCUCAAAUAA